CAAAGAUGUUCAAAAGAGGUAGGGAACAUGAGAAGUCAGAGCGGUGAGAUGUGUUUUUCUUCAUUCCAGCGCCGGAAUAACUCAAAUGUUCAGCAAAUAUUACAGCAUUGUUUGAAGCGUUAGAUGGAUUUAAUAUUUGAUGUGGUCUUCAAACUCGUGUGUUUGGACUUAAGACUAUUGCUGCAACAAAGUGAGAGUGCGCUCUAUUGGCAUAAGUCAUGUACUGUCCGUGAUUCGAGGUCGCCCAGUUGACCAAGACCAAGAUGUGCCUUCAAUUCACAAGGGGCAACUGUCGCUCCAACAACUGCCGCUUCGCUCACUCGGUGGAAGAGCUUCGAGCACCUCCGGACCUUGCGAAGACGGCGAUGUGUCGCGCCUUUGCUCGUGGAGCAUGCAGAGCAACAAAUUGCAAGUUUGCUCAUGCCGAAGAAGAGCUUCGCGUGAGUCCUACUGUUUACAAGACACAGCUUUGCCAUUUCUUCGCUCGUGGCCAUUGCAAGAAAGGAGACCGCUGUCGACACGCCCAUGGGCCCAAAGAGCUGAGGCCCUUUGAGAGCUCCCUCCCGACCGCCGGCGCGAGGGCAGAAUCUUUUCGAGAAGACGGAGGUGAGCCUUCCCCAAGGACGCCGCAGAAGGUUCGUCGGCGUUCAACUGAGACACCGACACCCUCCACGUGUUCACCAAGUCCGAUGAAGGUCCAGCUUCCCCAGCUGAGAACACUGUGUAACUUGGGAGAGUCACCGCUGAAGGAGGUUCUCGAGCUGCUGAGGACACACCGAAAUGAACCUGCUGGCACACCAGGAGGGAAGAAGCUGGCUCAAAGAUGGAUUUUGUGACGUUUUCGUUCGGGGUUUACCGGUGAAACCGGCGGGGGGGGCGCAAUGCGCUACGGCUACAGCUGCGCCAGCAGUUUUUUGGGGACGGGGCCACGAGAUGUCGUGAG